AUGAAGAGAAGUUAUCCUUCUGGAAGCGAUAAACGAAAGCGCAAAAAAGAGGAAGACGAGAAAAGAAAGCAUGAUAGCGGAUUGCUAAGAAAAUGUUUAGUUCCCUCAUCUUCUUCAAAUCAGGAACAUGCUUCUAGUUCUCAGUCUGCCGCUACACACACUACUACAGUCCCAAGUACUGCCACGCCAAGGUUUACUGCCCCCUCUACAGCCCUGGACAGCAGCGCUUCCUCCAGUGAGCAGCAGUCAGCUAUAUCCCAUACUGCAAUGGUCAACAUUUCGUCGCCUACCUCCAUUGACCAAGAGGACCAAACAGAACCACAAGCACCCACUCCAGCUCAAACGACAUCCACAGACCAAGAAAAAGCAACACCAAUAAGAUUGACAUCUUCUGAUCCUGGACAGUGGCCUGAUGUUCUUAAUGAUGGUGAAAAGAGUUCCCUGGUGAAAAAAGGUCCUCUUCAGGGAUGGCAAAACCAAAACCAGCUCAUUACUGACCCGAUGCCGGAGCAGAAGAACCCGAGAGUCCCGUGGGCAGGAUAUCAAAUGAAUAUUGGGAAUUUGGACGAACACGGUAUUGUCGUUAGGCCGAUUCUAUCACUGCGAGACAGAGGCAUACGGACGAUCGCGGGCACAUGA